UUUAACAACAUGCGGUCAGCAGUUUUACAGAAAAGAAAAAAUAUGAUUAUGGCCGACGUUAGUUAAAAUCUUGCAUUACAAGGCUUUUUCCGGAAUGAUUCCUUGGUGGAAACAUUGUUUACGAGCGAUUUUUAUUCUAAUUGUUUCUACAUGGAUAACUUCAAUUGGAAAUGGGGAGAAAGUGGCCUGUCGGGAUCUUCUUAUGGGACAAUAUUUUUGUCCUGAGCCUAUGAUCGAUUCUUCGACUCAGGCGGCUGUUGGCUGCACGAAGAAUCACACGGUCGAAGUGAAAUGCAGCACUGUUCCUAUCGAGAAAGAUGGUCGAAAUAUCACUGAAUGUAUUCAAAACGUAUCAUGCCGUUAUACCAAUGACCACUCAUACGAAACCGCUCUUUUGUUAUCAGUCUUCCUUGGCAUGUUUGGAAUUGACAGAUUUUAUCUUGGAUAUCCUGCGAUAGGACUGUUAAAGUUUUGCACACUUGGUUUCUUCUUUGUAUUUCAUCUUGUAGAUGUUAUUUUGAUUGCAACACAGGUCGUUGGCCCAGCUGAUGGUUCAGCGUAUAUCAUUGAUUACUAUGGCCCUCGCUUAGAUCACAUAUCUAGAAACUCAGAUACAUUUUACAAAACAGGAGGUUAAAAAAAACCAAUAUGUCCUCCUUUGAUUUCUAACUGUAAAUAUAAAUGUAAAGUUCAGACCUAUGAACAGAAAUGAAAUAAAAUGCGAGAUUGUAUUGUUUAUAUUAUAUAUGUGCACUUAUUAUAGGUUUGUUACAAACCCUUCUUUUAUGUCUUCAGUAUAUUCAUUUAUUUUGUAGUCACAGCUGUACAAAGUCAUAAUGUAAAUUGUAAUUUGCCCGUUUUGUAUGCUAUUUGUAAUAUAAUCUUAA